AUGGUCAAUAAAUGGUGUAGUCAGAAGGGCUGGGUAGAGUGGCAGGGGAGGCAGUACCAGGAGGAGAUGAGAAAAGCUGCAAGUGUCGCAGCCGAGCAAGCAGAGUACCAACGCUUCUGUGAUUUCGCCGGUAACAACUGCCCAGCCGGCCAGUACCGGAACCUUUCCGGUAGCCAUUUCGAGGUGACAUACAACGCCAACUCCGAGGUGAAGUUUGCUUGCCUCACGCGUUCCGAGGCAAGGUCCCCGGGUUGGGAGUGGCUACCAAUGUUUCCUGUCGGCAACGAUGGGGACUUUUACGCCUGGCAGGGCCGCCCGGAAGAGGAAGCCGAUUACGUGUUGGUGGUAAAGGUAGAUGUGGGCUACGACGAGGUGCGAUACGUGCACAGCGCCAGCCUCGGCCAGUGGAUGUGGACGGUCCAGAACAGGCCGGCUUGGCUCGUCAAAAUCAAUAACACGGUUAUGUAUGGUGCUCCUAUCCCGGGGCCAUGCUGGUACGAUCGUAGUCGUGCUACCUUCGUGCACCGUAAUGGUGCCUGGGAGCACGUGACUCUCAAGCUGGUGGAAGAACUGGGCCUCGAUUAUCGCCCGUCUUUCGCUCCUGGGCAACCCCCAGUUGUUGCACCUCAGCCCCUGGCGCUAGACUUGGGCGUCCAGGCCCCCGCCCAGAAUGAGGAUAUCGCUCCUCCACCCUCUUUGCCCAGCUCCGUCAACCAAGACGGGGAAUUCUUGCAGGAUCGACCUCCUGCGGUUGGUGACGAGCAGCAACUCUUUGGAGAUUUCUGGCCUGGGUCUAGCACCGCCCAGGAGCCCACCGAGUGGUUGCCGGAAUUUGUGCCUGAAUCUCCCUCUAUGUUUCCAGCGGAGACCGCUGGCCCUCCGCCGCAGGCCAAUGCGGAAUUACAGCUGCAGCCCAGUGAAUAUAUGCAGCUGAAUGCGCAAGAGCAAUGGUUUGGCGGCCCCGAGGCCCCUACUACGGGGGACCCAGAUAUUGGCUCGGAGGAGUGGAUAGAUGAGAUUUUCCGGCAGAUGGAAAUUGACAAUCAGGACCCCAACGAGCGCUCCGCAGACGUGUCUGGGAGCUUGUAG